UUCACUCCCUUGACAUCUUCAUUUCAUAUUUUCAGCAACAAAGCUUUCAAGAUAUCAAAAGAAAACUGCCAUGGCACUUCUAACCUUAUUAUCUCCUUCAAAGUUCCUACCUUCUCCAAAGCCCAAACAAACCCAAAUUUCCUCAGUCCCAAAAUCCCCAAAUUUUAUUUCUUCUGUAUUCCACCCAAUACCCAUUGAUUUCAAUAACCAAAAAACCGUGACUACGCUUUUGGGGGUUGCUGGUCUUGCUUUAAUCGCCAUAUCCGGACCUGCUUCUGCUGCCGAGCAAGCUGCAAUGGCUUCAUCCUCUGUGCAGUUUGCUGAACCUGCCAAUGCUCUGUCUUUACCCACCUGGACUAUUCAUGUUUCCAGUGUUGUUGAAUGGGUUAUUGCAAUGGCUUUGGUUUGGCAAUACGGGGAGAAGUCAGGAUAUGAAUCUUGGAAGGGGCUAUCAUGGGGUAUGGUACCGUUGCUGGGUGGAGCAUUUUGUGCCUGCACAUGGCAUUUCUUCUAUAACUCAGAGUCUCUCGAGGUUUUAGUGGCUCUUCAAGCAGCUUUGACUGUGAUUGGUAAUGCCACAAUGUGUAUUGCUGCAUUCCGCAUAUACAAAUCGUCACAAGAGAGUUCCAAAAGUUUGUGAGGAUUAUAUUAAUUCUCCUUUCUCACCGGAAGAAAGAAAUGGAAAUAGGAGAGUUUUAUGCAUAUGUUAAUUAAAGAAAGCACCAUUAAGUGGGAAGAAAGCUAAGACUAUUGAAGUUAUUCUUUUUCCAUUGGAAGAUUGUGAAGUCUUUUGGUAGCUGUAUGCCAGUUUGUGUUGUGCUGUCUAAUGGAACAAAUAUUCUCCCUUUUUGGUGGCUGGGGAGUUCUGUCAACAAAGGGGAUUGAUCUUCACAGUAUCUUGCUGCAAACCAUGUAAAUUUCGUGUACCUAUUUUAGUCAUAUGAACAUCACAUGUAUUUACUUCUUUCUUUUUUGAGUAUUACUGACUCUGUUACAAUAUAGUAUCUGUCCAUACAUACCUGUGAGGCUGUGACCUCCCAUUUGGGAGAGCCACAGUUAUGCCGCUUGACCACAAGGUCUUUGGUGACAUGUAUUUACUUCUUGGAACUACUGAAAGUUUUUUUUUUUUCAUUGGUCA